AGACGUGCUCGGAGAGAUCCACGAGGCGCAUGUGGCUCUCCAGCACUGAUGCCCAUGUGUGUCCAGCUCGCAUCAUCGGCACAGCGGCCGUGUGAACUAUAAAACCACUCACUCAGUGUUUACAGACAGAUCAGAUCAUCAACAAACGACUAAAGCAUCUAAUACUAAGUAAAUAAUUAAUAAUAUCAGCCAUAGUGGUGAGCUUAUUAAAUCAGUUACAUUAGAAAGAAUUACCUUUAGGACUAUAAUAAAACGUUUAGUGACAUUAUUGGAGUUAAUAUUAAUAAAACAGCAAAAUGGGUGUACUAACAAAGAAACCCAAGGCCUUCGAGGUUCAGUUUAGUGACCCGAACAAGAGCGCGUACAGCGGCGGAGAUAAAGUGGCCGGGCGGGUGAUAGUGGAGGUGGCCGAGGUGGUGCACAUCUCCGCAGUUAAACUGUUCGGAAUCGGAUGCGCUAAAGUCGAUUAUAAAAAAGGGAAGAUGCACUGCAGGGAGGAGAUUGAGUACAUGAAAUAUGAAGAAGUUCUUCACCUCGAUCAUCAGCCAACAGAUGCAGAUGGACCCAUCACUCUCAGGCCUGGAAACAGAUACGAGUUCAUGUUCGGGUUCGAACUUCCACCGGCAGGGUGCCUUGUUUCCUCCUAUGUGGGAAAGUUUGGCUCAGUCCAAUACUACGUGAAGGCAGUCAUAGAGAAAUCCAGCCAGCCAUAUGCGGAAUGUAAGCAGUAUUUUGAGGUGGUGGAACCCAUUGAUGUCAACACCCAAGAGCUCACGGAUCCAGUUACAGGAGCAAAACACAAGAAAGUCACCUGCAUGUUUAUUCCCGAUGGCAGUGUUUCCGUGUCCGCUCGCAUAGGCCGGAAGGGUUACUGUGAAGGAGAAGACAUUUGCAUCGAUGCUCAAUUUGAGAACUCUUGUUCUCGGAUUGUCGUUCCUAAAGCCGCCAUCAUAGCUAAGCACAUUUACCGGGCGAACGGCCGCACCAAAGAGUUUCACAAGAAACUAAUUUCUGUCAGAGGAAACCACAUCAUCUCCGGCAUGUGUGAUGUGUGGCGGGGGAGAGUACUUCCUGUGCCAAAGCUGAAGCCAACUAUCCUUGGCUGUGACAUUAUCCAUGUUGACUAUUGUCUAAGGAUCUACUUGCAUAUCCCAGGAAGUGAGAAGCUCCUCCUAGAUCUUCCUCUGGUCAUCGGGACGAUCCCCUACAAUGGCAUGAACAGUCGCACCAGUAGCAUGAGCAGCCAGGACAACAAUAAUACCUCCAGCACCUGCGCGUCACUCCCAUCCUGUCCACCCAGCUAUAGCGAGAUCUCCCAGGACAAUCGCAUGGAUAGUUCCUUCAUUCCCCUCCUAGAUGAUUAUGAUGAGGAUGACAGUCCUAUAUUCAUGCGCAGUAGCGAGCAUCAUCUCCCCCCAUCUCCCCCGUCAUACACUGAGCAAAACUAAGACUGCAUUGGACGUGGAGUUCUCCUUCACUUGCUGUCGCCAAAUUUUAAACUCCAACAAAAGAUAAAAUGCAGGAAGAUCUCCGAAUGACGCUGCUAAUGGACCAUGCAUGGUUUACUCUAGAGUUGUGGACUAUGAAAUGCUGUGUCAUGCCAAGAACUGGUCGAUUGCAAGUUGCUAAAGUCAUCUGAAGCCGGACUCUUUUGCUGAUGUAAGAGUUCACCUCUUGAAAAUAACCAUUGACGUCUUCAUGUUUAAUUCUGAACAAUCAUCAGCAUCUGAGAGAGUUUUAUUAUUUCUGAUUUUGCCAUAUUGGUGUAAUAUUCUGUCAGCACUUCAAAUUGGAAAGCGCUUGUGGUAUAAAAAACUUCAGAUUAUGAACAAUAUUUUUAUGAUGCAUUAAAAUAUGAUGCAGUUUUGUGAGUGAAAAAGAUUGUAUAUCAUACAGAGUUACUUGUUAAGCUGUUGAUUAGCUGUUAGUCUAGUAUUACAAUCUUUCUCAGCAGCAUGUGUAUUUCUAAUUGAAUACAGAAAUUAGAAUAUGCAUUUAUAUGAUUAUAUAGAAUAUGCCUAUAUAGCUGUUUGUAUAUCUUAUCAGCUUUUACUAGUAUAUAAUUGAGUAUUAGUGUCAGAUUAUUCCACUUUGAAGUUGAUUGUUAUGUGCUUUUGUACUUUGAUUUUUAUUUGAAUUUAUCAGUUCUACAGAUAACAGAAUACAAUAAAAAAAUGUAAUGAUCAAAUGCAA